AUGAGUGACACUCCCCGACUACGUUCGGCUUUCCCUCGAACACCUCGCUCCGAACCACGGACCCCUCGAACGUCCACCGGCUACCAUGACCCAACCGUUACGCCCGUCCCCUUUGGCCGGGGAAGCAAGAUCAACUUCGCCAGCGCCAGCGCUGUUGUGAGGUCUGCCAAUGCCGCUCAGCCUCAGGAUAGGCCUCUGAUACCGUUUCACAUUGUCGAUGCGCCUGCACAGCGACUCUAUGUUGUUGCGUUUUAUGCUGCGUUGAAUGCAUGGCGGUUUUACGAAUACUGGACGUCUACGGAUGAGGGGGAUGCUACAUGGCUGUUUUUGAAAUGGCUGCUCAUAGAUGCUACAUAUCUGUUUGGGCUGCCUGUACUGCGGAUUCCGUGGCUAGAGUGGGCAUUUUCAACCACAUUGGCGAUAUUCCUGGUUCAUGUGGUGAUGAACGUAUUUUUGAUGUUUAAGAUUCCAGUACGUCAGACAAGCAUAUCAUCGAUCGGUCUGGAGUAUACUGACGAAUGA